AUUCACUUUCCUUAUAUCAAAAUCAUGAUGUUAUGGGGGAAGAAUUUCAUUUCCCUCUUUGACAAUUACACGCGCAAAAGUUAAUGGCCUGCCCCUUUAACUUUCCUAGAAAUUGCACACCUCUCAUCAAUCUUUAUUUAACACUUGUCCUCUGUCUUUUCCAUUUCUCCCAUUUUAUACUGUGAUCUGUUCCAACCUUCCACUCUCACUUAUUCUCUCCUCAUUUCUCUUUAAUUUGUUCAGUGAUUCAUAUCUAUUAGCACCAUAUAUCAUUCUUGAAUACUACACAGUUGCUAGAGAUUAAGGAUCUGUUUGGCCAUGGAAAACAACAAUGAAUUUUGGCAAUUCAGUGACCAGUUGAGGCUUGAAUCUGGUUUGGCUAAUCUGUCUCUAAAUGAUUAUUCCAUUUGGAACAACAGCUACAGCUCAAAGAGGCCUGAUCAGAGGAGGAACUUUGAUGUGAAUGGCAGUGACAUCAACUCCUUCAACAAUCUCAACUCAAAGCCUUGUGAUUUCAAUGAUGGGUGGAAGAUCAACAAUUCCAAUGGACCCCUUUUCUCUGUGCCUCACAACAACAAUCUUGGAGGCUUCAACAAGGGAAUCUAUUCCAACCCCACCACCACCUCCUCCUAUCUUAACCUUAACAACAACAACAACCUCAACAUCAAUCUAAAGGGCUACAACUACAAGUCAUUUUUCAAGGGUGAAGAUGAGUUUCACCCACCCAAAAGUGCCAAGAAAAACACCUACACCAACAACAGUAACAAGAAGCAUGGGGACAACACUAAUAAUGAUGUCACUAAGACUGCUUCUGACAAGAGAUUCAAGACUCUCCCACCAUCAGAGUCUCUUCCCAAGAAUGAAACCAUUGGAGGCUACAUCUUUGUUUGCAACAACGAUACCAUGGCAGAGAAUCUCAAAAGACAGCUCUUUGGUCUGCCUCCGCGAUACAGAGAUUCAGUUAGAGCAAUAACUCCAGGGUUGCCCCUUUUUCUGUACAACUACUCCACUCACCAACUCCACGGUAUCUUUGAGGCUGCAAGUUUUGGAGGAUCCAAUAUUGAUCCAACGGCUUGGGAAGACAAGAAGUGUCCUAAUGAAUCUCGUUUUCCUGCUCAGGUCCAAGUGAUUACUAGGAAAGUUUGUGAGCCUUUGGAAGAGGAUUCCUUCAGACCAAUUCUUCACCACUAUGAUGGUCCAAAGUUUCGUCUUGAGCUGAGUGUGCCUGAGGCACUGUCUCUUCUGGAUAUAUUUGCAAAUCAAAACAGUUUUGAUGAUAUUUUCAAAGCUAUACCAGCAUAAAAGGGUUGAAAUUACAGAUAAUACAAGAACAGAAGUUACCAAGAUCAGCAACAGAUAAUGAAAUGAACACUCUGGACUCACCAAGAGUGUCCAAAGAUAAGAAGGGGAAGAUUUGGAAUUUGGAUAUUCAGCCAAUAUAUUUAUGUAUUAUAGUGACAUUUGUAUAGAGGCUGUUAUGCCUGAUUGCACCAUUUUUAAUUCAUGGGUGUAUAUGAACAUCACAUUAAAGAUUACAAUAAGAAUUAUUUAAUUUCGC